AUGAAAUCUAUCGUCGCGUCACAAUUUGAACGAUUUAUACUGAUUGUAAAUAUUAUCUCACUCUCUCUCUUUCUAUGUGAACCUAUUCACAUCUAUCUAUCUAUCUAUCUAUCUAUCUAUCUAUCUAUCUAUCUAUCUAUCAGAACCUAUUUAUAUCUAUCUGAAACUAUUCAUAUCUAUCUAUCAUCUAUCUAUCUAUCUAUCUAUCUAUCUAUCUAUCUAUCUAUCUAUCGUAACCUAUUCAGAAUCUAUUUAUAUCUAACUGAAACAAUCUAUAUCUAUCUAUCUAUCUAUUCAUAUCUAUCUGAACUUAUUCAUAUCUAUCUAUCUAUCAUAUCUAUCUAUCUAUCUAUCUAUUCUAUCUAUCUGAACCUAUUCAUAUCUAUCUAUUUAUCUAUCGUAACCCAAAUCAGAUCUAUCUAUCUAUCUAUCUAUCUAUCUAUCUAUCUAUCUAUUUAUAUCUAUUCAAAUCUAUCAUAUUUAUCUAUCGUAACCUAUUCAGAUCUAUCUGAACUUAUCAUAUAUCUAUCUAUCUAUCUAUCUAUCUAUCUAUCUAUCUAUCGUAACCUAUUCAGAUCUAUCUAUUUAUAUCUAUCUAUCUAUCUAUCUAUCUAUCUAUCUAUCUAUCUAUCUAUCUAUCUAUCAGAACCUAUUUAUAUCUAUCUGAAACUAUACAUAUCUAUCUAUCAUCUAUCUAUCUAUCUAUCUAUCUAUCUAUCUAUCUAUCUAUCUAUCUAUCUAUUAGAACCUAUUUAUAUCUAUCUGAAACUAUUCAUAUCUAUCUAUCGUAACCUAUUCAUAUCUAUCGUAACUUAUUCAUAUCUAUCUAUCUAUCUAUCUAUCUAUCUAUCUAUCUAUCUAUCUAUCUGA